GAGUGCUCUUCAGUUGCCAAACAGACUUCGUAGCCGUCGCAGCGCUCGCAGAGUCGUUCGGCGAACGCAAGUUCGUUUCCUCAGUCUUUCGAUUUUCACUUUUAACCGUUUUGCGAGCGCGCCAACUUGAAGCUUUACCGUUACGGCUUUUCACGAGUGCCAGUGAGUGACACCAACCUAGCAUGACACGGCUCAAUUGGGCCGCUUAACGCUUUCAUUCAACCCACAAGCGGUCUGGACUCGAAACCCAUUCGAACAUAAACCAAGAACUAGAACUGUGCACACCACAUCGCUUCGUAUCGCUUCGCCUCGUAUCGCAUCGCAUCGCAUCGCACCACUGGCCUCCUCCGAAAAGGGGAACCAAGGCCACCACCAUCACCACCACCACCACCACCACCAUCAUCCCGCCCGCUAGCCAGCAUAAUUUCUCUCGAAAAAAACCGCACUCACAUACGUACUAUACAUACCUAUCUGCCACCAUCUUCGACAACGACCGCAACAACCGAAUAACACGAAUAAUGAAUUAUCAGAAGGCCAGUGAAAAGCAGUCGCCGUCCUCAUUGAAGAAGCGGCCGCCGGGCAACGGCAAUAGCAUACAAAACUUUUGGAACGAACGCAUUAUGGAGCGCUUCAUAAAGGCGAAUCUAUUCAUUAUCUGCUGCGUGGUGGCGGUUCUUCUGCUGGUCGUCUAUCUGGGGGCCUUCUCGUGUGAGGUCUCUUGGAUACUGGAGGCCCACGGGGAGCUGCCCUUCGCCGCCUACACACUCUGCUCGCUCUACUUUGUGAUGUUCGUGGCCACGACGAUCCUCAUCCACGGCCUGGUCAGCGGACUGUGCUGGCCCCUGUUCGCCUGGUCGGGCAUCAUCGGCCUCCUCUCGAUUCCCGAGCUGGUCUUCGUCAUGAUCAUGACCACACAGCACUGGGGACUGCAAUCGGUGCACGGACUAACCGAGCUGACCUCGUAUCUGGUUCGCCUGAUCAUCAACUGCUUUGCGCUGAUCUGUGUGAUUCCCACGGGCAUCCGGUGGCGCCGGGAGACGCAGGUGCUGAGCCAGCUGCAAGGAUUGGCCACUCGGCUCUCCCUGCAGACGCCGGCGCCCAGUGUGCCGAUGACCAAGGCGGAUUCCCGACGCUCCAGCCAGCGGUUGAAUGGAUUCGAGAACGCCGGCUACCAGCUGUGCGACGAGACGACGGCCAAGAUGCCACUGGGUCCUGGCAUGGGAUUGGGUCUGAACAACCAAGGCGGCGGCGGCGGCAGCCAGGCGUUUGGCUCCCAGAACGAGUUCAAUGCCAGCAUGUUUGCUCCGGCUCUGGCGCAGCAGUUCAACAAUGCCACUCUGAUGCAGCGUGGUGCGGCAGGAGGAGGAGGAGCUGGUGGCCAUCGCGCCCAGUCUCUAAUGGAUCUGCGCUGCACACUGCCCGGCAUGUACAAUCCGCGACAUGUGCUGGAUACGGAGGACAAGAACGCCAAGUACUUCAACAUCACCAUCGACGAUUUGAAGAAUAAUCUGCAGGACUCGCACCGACCAUCGCCGCCCUCGCUGAUCGGCUCCGCCAGCAACGAUCCCAUAUACUGCUCCAUCGAGCCGAAACAGUUGACACCGCCACCGGCUCAGCAGAGGGGCCACAGUCGUCCGCGCGGAAGCCACAAGCAACCGCCACCGGGCAAGCUGUCGCGGAAUUGCGUUUCGCUAGAGAAUCUGGACGGGAUCAGCAAGGUGCAGAACGACCUGACCGCCUACGGCAAUAAUCUCCUCCAGAACUACACGCAGCAACAGCAGUACUACCUGGCCAUGUUGCUGCAUCAACAGCAGCAGCAUCAGCAGCAGCAGCAUCAGUUGCACCUGCAACAGGCGGGUGGCAUCUACCGCAGGCCCUCCAAUUGCAGUUCCUCGGGCGGAUUCGCCGGCACCGUAAUGGCACAACCGAUGCAGCGACGCGGCUCCACCCACAGCCAGCAGAUGCAGUAUUACGGAGGCUUUGGCUAUGCCAACUACGCCAAUCCGUACAUCACGGCCACCAGCAAGCUGUCGCUGGGCAACGAGUCCGACGACUACCGCAAGUACCGCGAUGUGGCACUCUGAGUCCGGAUUACUGGAGCUCCAGAUCCCCAAUCGAUCAUCAGUCAGCGCUUAGGUUACACUCACUAGUUGUAGGACAUGCUCGACCUAGAAUGAGAUUCCUCGGAAUAACGACCAAAGAGCCACAAACUAACUCAGUUUCAGUUCGUAGGAUAAAGUUACACUGGGAGAAUCCAAUACCACGUUUAUGCGCCAGUUAUAUUUGCAGGUACAAUAAAUAAAUUAAUAAUGCCACAAAUACUAAAGGCAAAUAAUAGUGUUCUAAAUAAGAGACUUCACGAUAAAUCGUUAUAAUUUUUUUUGCAAACAUUAACCAAACAAGAGAAAAAUUAUUUAGUAAAUAUAGUAAAUCAAAUAACAGGCGUAUAAACUUGAUAAAAGAGUAACUGGUUAAAUCAUCGUGACUUCUUCACAGCAAAUCCCGAAGUUUAGUUUUAAGAAUCGACAACAAAUCGAUAUUGACAUUCAUUGUUUAUUAUAUGUAGUUAUUAGGAAUACGGAUAACAAUACUCGGAUCGACAGUCUAACCAUCAAACGAUCGAAAACUGUACAUACUUGUAAUAAAAGGCAUUCAUGUGUUUACUCCAAAUCCAAAA